AUGGCAUCAGUUCGUUCCAUUAGUGCAUCAAAACCACCAGAACGUUUAUUAAAACAACGUCUACCUCCUGCAUCAUCUUCAACAUCAAUACUUUCUCAAAGAAAAGUAACACUAAAUAAAAAAACUCCAAUCAUAGUAUCAACAACACCAACACCUCGACGAAAAUCAGGUCGAACGUCAUCAAAAAAAGGUGCCAUUGGACCAAUAGCAUCACCUGUUAAACUUAAUCCCACUAAUAAUAAUAAUAAUAAUAAUAAUAAUACACCAACAGACAGUAUUGAAUUAAUAACAGAUAGAAUGGCUUCUGCUAGACUUGAUGAUGUACCGCUAAUAAGAUCACAUUCGAGGGCAUCAUAUACCGGAAAUACUUGCAUUUCACUGGUUGAUUUAGAUUCAAAUAAGCCCGUUGAAGAAAAACCAAAUCCUGUAGAUAAAGUAUCAUUAAAUACUUUAAGUAAUAAUCAAUUUUCAUUAGAAUCAUUUGAUACUAUACGAACAAUUGGUACUGGAACAUUUGGUCGUGUACAAAUUGUUUAUCAUCGUGACAGUGAUACAUAUUAUGCACUUAAAACAAUGUCGAUAAAACGUAUCAUUGAAUCAAAACAAACUGAACAUGUCCAAAAUGAAAAAGAUAUAUUAUCAAAAAUUAAUCAUCCAUUUCUUGUACGUUUACAUUGGACAACACAUACAAAUAGUUUAGUUUAUCUUUUACUUGAAUAUUUACCCGGUGGUGAACUUUUUCAAAUGAUGCGUAAAAGAGAAAAAUUUGAUUCAAAAAUAGCUAUAUUUUAUGCAAGUGAAGUUUUACUUGGACUUGAUUAUCUACAUCAUUUAGAUAUACUUUAUCGAGAUUUGAAACCAGAAAAUAUUUUAUUGGAUAGACAAGGACAUAUACGUCUAGUUGAUUUUGGUUUUGCAAAAGAAACUAAAGAACGUACAUUUACAUUAUGUGGUACUGUUGAUUAUCUUGCACCAGAAGUUAUUCAAAAUCGUGGUCAUCAUAAAGCAUCCGAUUGGUGGGCAUUUGGUAUUCUCAUAUAUGAAAUGCUUGCUGGUUAUCCACCAUUCUAUGAUGCUGAUCAAUUUGUAGCCUAUCAAAAAAUUAUUUCUGGUAAACUUGAAUUCCCACGUCAUUUUGAUUACGCUGCCAAACAAUUACUUCGUAAAUUACUUAAUACAGAUCAAGCUCAACGACUUGGUUCAGCAAAAGAUGGUGGUGAAGAAAUAAAACGUGAACAAUGGUUUGUUGCUAUAUCAUGGAGAGAUGUAUAUGAACUAAAACUAGAACCACCUAUAAGACCUACAGUUACAUCAGAAGGUGACACAGAAAAUUUUGAUACAUAUGAUGAAUUUGAUAUAAAAUUAACACCACAAGCAGCAAAAUAUGAAGUGCAACUAUUUAAAGAUUUCUAA